AUGGUCAACACGCCAGGCUUCGAUGCCAACGAUCUAGUGUCGCAUUCCCCGCGUCGCCCGCUCGGUGGGCAGCGGCGCAGCGCUGACCUCGGCCAGGGCGUCCCUGGCAUGCCCGCCAGCCUCCGCCGGCGCGAGCCAGCCCCCGGCGGGCCUGCCGAGGCCAGCCGGGGGCCGGCCCGCCAGCGGGACUUCGGACCGCCGCCUCCGGCCAGCGACGAGGGCGACCACGGCGUGGGCGCCGUCGCCGUCCGCCUCGCUGUUUCCGUAGGCCUCCUGGGACUCCUCCUCCUCCUCUUCCUCCUUCCACUGUUUCUGGGGGGCACCCCUACACAAACGGCUCCAUAG